AUCCUCCCCUCACACAGCUCUCGAGCUACAGUCCCCCUCUCUGAGGACAUCCCAGAGUGUGAGACGCCUGAAGACAGAGGCAGAAGAUGGUCCCUGGGACGCUGGCAGUGCUGUGGAUGCUAGUGGCCACAGUUUUCCAGGUUGGCUGCAUCACUGAGCUGGAAGAACAGGAGCCCAGCCCAAAUGUGCUGUACCCCUGGCGAGGGGGAUCAGGGGGUGAGGGGAGUGUGGGCCUCAGCAGGGUGAAAAGGGACUGGAUCAUUCCACCAAUCCGCGUCUCAGAGAACAGCAAACAGUCUCCUGAAUACCUGGUGCAGAUCAAAUCGGACAAAGUUUUUGUUGGUGAAGUGAUUUAUAAGCUGGAGGGCCCUGGAGUGGAUCAGGACCCCAAAGAUUAUUUUGAAGUGGAUGACCGCACAGGGUGGAUCAAGAGCAAGAUGCCCCUUGACAGGGAAAAAUACAGCAGCUUCAAGCUCAAGGCCUUUGCCCUGUCAUCAAGUGGGGAAAGACUGGAGACCCCAUCCACCAUCGAGAUAGUCGUCCUGGACCAGAAUGACAACAGGCCCAAUUUCACACAGCCUGAAUUUGUCGGUUCUGUUCCUGAGUUCUCCAUACCGGGCACUUCUGUCAUGAACGUGUCGGCAACAGACGCCGACGACCCGGAAACGGAGAACGCAAUGCUCAGCUACUCCAUCAUUGGCCAGGAGUCCUUCCCGCCGUUCAGCAUCAAUAAGACCAUGUUCGGCAUCAACAACGAGACGGGCGUGAUCUACACCCGAGACGUCGGGCUGGACCGGGAGGUGGUGGAGUCUUUCCGACUGAUGCUGCAGGUGGCAGACAUGUCGGGGGAAGGCCUGUCAGACAUCGCCUACGCCAUCAUAAACAUCACAGACAUCAAUAACAACGCCCCCCAAUUCUCCCCUCUGUCCUACAGCAUGACCGCUGUGGAGAACAGGGAAAUAGACGAGAUUGGCAGAGUGAAUGUCACCGAUAAGGAUGAGCCAGGCUCGGAAAACUGGGGAGCCAAGUACACCAUCGCUAAGGGGGAUCCGUACGGACAUUUCGCCAUCCGAACAGACCCUGACAGCAACCAAGGCAUCAUUUCUGUUGUGAAGCCCCUGGACUAUGAGUCUCAGAAGGAAUACCAGCUGGUUCUGACUGUGGAGAACAAGAUCCCUCUCAGCUCAAAGGCUACCCAGGAACCUGUUAGCACCGCCACGGUAACCAUCAUGGUAGCCAAUGAAAAUGAGGCACCUCGUUUCAAAGUGGACCCCAUCAAGCUGGACGUCCCGGAGUCAGUGGACCCUGGCACGGUGCUGGCCCAAGACAUCGCAGAUGAUGCAGAUAAUGCGAAACUCAGGUUUGAAGUCGAGCACGACCCUGAGAGGUGGAUUGCAAUUAACCCGCAGACCGGAAAAAUCACCGCCAGAAAGAAGUUCAGUCUGCGUUCACCACACGUCAAAAACAACAUCUACACUGCAAGGAUCAAAGUGUCAGACAUGGACGCAGGCGGCAUCUCCUCCACCGCCACCGUGGAGCUCAAACUGAGGGAGACCAAUGACUUCGCCCCCCAGCUUGUCCCUGUGACUGGCACCAUGUGCAGGGAUGCGGAGGAGCCCCCAGUGCUGGUGCUGACCGCUGUGGAUGAAGACCUGCCCCCUCAAGCCGCGCCCUUCCUCUUCAGGCUGCCGAGCAACUCUCCCGCAGCCCUCAACUGGACCAUCAUCCAGAUGAACGAAACCCAUGCUGUUCUGCAGUCUCUGACAGAGCUGGAGUCUGGCCUGUACUUCAUCCCUGUCCUGCUGUCCGAUUCGGGCACGCCCACCCUCUCCGCCCUCAACUACGUCAACGUGACCGUGUGUGAGUGCAGCAUAGUCGGUCACUGCAAGGCCGUGGCCGCGCCAUUAUUUGCCUCAAGGGUGGGGCUCAGUCUCGCCGCCCUCCUGGUCAUUAUUGGCAGCAUUUUGCUCUUUCUGUUACUGCUGCUCCUAGUGGUGGCUGUGGGUAACUGCAGGCGACAUGCAGUCAAAAAGACAGGGCUUCUAGUCGGGGUGUCGGACGAUGAUGUCCGUGACAACGUCCUGAACUACGACGAGCAGGGAGGAGGGGAAGAAGAUGAGAACGCCUACAACAUGGAACAGCUGAGGAACCCCAAUCAGUUCAUCCCGCCCCCAGCCUCCUUCUCGUCACCAGUCUCCGCCCUCCCCAAGGGGAAGCAGCCCCGCAGGAAAGAUGCGCCUCAGAGUUUUCAAACCCCCUCGUACCCGCGCAAACCCCCGGCAGACCCGACUGACAUCCAAGACUUCAUAAAUGAUGGCCUGAAAGCAGCAGACAACGACCCCAACGUCCCGCCCUACGACACCGCCCUGAUCUACGACUACGAGGGAGACGGCUCAUUGGCCGGGACCCUGAGUUCCAUCGCCUCCCGCAGCUCCGAUGAUGACCAGGACUACGACUACCUCAGCGACUGGGGGCCGCGCUUCAGGAAGCUGGCUGACCUAUAUGGCCCUCGCUAAAGGAGGCCCCACGCAUGCUCAUUAACACUUUCACCCCCGCACCUCGUGUUACCCCUCGCACCCAGUACCUGCCACUCUCAAUGUCCCCCACUGGAGAGGAACCAGAUCUCACCCCUCUUUAUUGGACAGUUGAGCCACAAUGCACCCCUCCAUACCCUAUCCUAUGAUGGGACUGUUCUGACACACGUGUGGUGCUGGUCCUUCCAGCUGUAACAUUGUUCUUUGUUACUUCACUCUCCCCACACUGGUAAAGGUCACUGCUUUCCACAUGAUUGAAUAUCAGAGACAUUCAGUUUUUCAGGCUUCUUUUUCUGACACGCUCUGACAUGACAGGUGCACACCGGGGUAAGACUGACGCGGCCUUUGACCUUUGUUGUGCUAGCUGGGAGAUGUUGUUGAGAAUUAUCCUGAGGGGUGUGAUUUUUGGUGAUAAUGGUAGCAGGGUGGCAAUUCUUGGACACAGUUGCCUUGGCUUUCAUCAUCUUAUUCCUCAUACAAAACAGGCCCGAAGCAUUUUUCACAGACAGGAAGGAAAAAGAUCCUAGAAACGGCUGCUUUCAUUAAUUUUUCCGCCAAAUUCUCCGGUUGCGUUAGACUGCAAAACCACACAGUAAUCAUCAUAAAAAUUAUAGGCCGCCUGACCAUGCUCAUGGUCUCAGCUGCUCUUUAUGUACCCUUUUACAGGCAGUGUUGGUUUUAAAUGUAACUUUUGUGUGGUUGGCAGCUCUGAAUUGUGUGGUGAGAGGACCAUCCACCUGUUCCAGGAGGGAGAGGGGGCGGGGCUUGCAGACAGAUGAUGCAAGACUGGGGGAAGGGCAGGGGCGGGGCAGCUGUAAACCUAAUAAGCAUUACUGUACACAUAUAUGCUUAGCAGACAUGCUCAUGCAGAGUGUAUUACGCAGCUUACAUUGUGCAUAUUCUGAUGCGGGACAGGGUGAGGACAGGGGUGAGGUGAAGGAAAAAGAUGGUGGAUGGAGUGACAUGGAGUUUGUUCGAGUUGACUUGUUAAAUAUUAAUAUUAAACAUUAGUAAAACACAAAACGGCGAGUGAAUGGUCCCACCUCCUCAAACAUAACAAAACAAAAAAAAAUGCAACAGAAAAUGGAGUUUGCCCCGUUUACCUGUAGGAUCAUUUGGAUUAGCAAUGAUGGUAUCUAUUUCACCAUAAAAUGGUGGUGACCUCACUUCAAAGGUGAGGGUAUCUAGUAUCCGCUUGUCUUUAGAUUCACUGAUUAUUUCUGGUCAUGGAACCAUGCAAAGUAACAUAUGAACAACGAAUGUAAUCAAGGGCAAAUGAGCAAUAAAUAUGAUAACCAGAAGCAGAUUAUCUGCAGAGGAAGUACACCAGAAUCCACACAGGUUCAGCACUGAGUUUAGGUCUGCUGUGUAGGUCUGUCACUGGAAUGCAGAACAACAAUAUUUGCAUUUGGUUUCAUCCCAGGAAUUAAUCAAAUC